AUACAGCUUUUUAGAAUUCACCCGUGAAAGCCAAAGGGAAGGGGGCGCAGAACUCUCUCAUCUUGGGUCUUCUAUUUAAUCUGAAGUCUCUGAGGCUAACUCUGAAGAACUCCAGGCUGAGUCAGGUGGAAGGUCAGCAUUUAUAUCCCUUUCCCCUCCAGCUCAGUUUAGGCUCUUGUCAGCUGUGAAUGGGGAGCAUUAAGAGGGGGAAAGAGUCAAGUAGACACCAGGAUUUCUUCCUGGCUGGGACUUGGUAAUGGUUUCAUUGCUUGAAGAUCAACCUAAUAUUAAAUUCUCUUCUUCGGACAGUCUGGAAAGUGACCAACAAGACAACCUCAUGCAGACACAAGGGGACCCAAGCUCCCCAGCUCAGCAAACUGAUAAUCCCAGUUUCAGUUGCCAGUCGUAUGAUCCAGACAGCAGGACAGAAAGAAAAAGUUCAGAAUCUUCUCACAGCCCAAGUCCCUCUUCUCCAAUCCAGGAUCAAAUCCAUGGGAGAUUUCCUGCCAACCAAGGAAUUCACUCUGGCAAGUGCAAAUUUAAAGUCUCUCCCAACGCUGAGAAAUUCAGAAGGUAUAGCUAUGAAGAAAGCACUGCAGGAAACUAUGGCAGGUUCCUCAAGAGCAGCAGGAACCCCUUCCAUCCUUAUAAAAGGGAGUUCAGUGAAGAUGUCUUCCAAGAAACUCAUCCAGCCCUCACACUGGAUAGUAAUUCCUUCAAAAAUGCAAGAAGCGUUGAGGGUUUUGAAGAGCUACCAGGAUCUACAGGCACUGGAGAGUCAGAGUCCUUUCCCACACAUAUUCAGAACAUUUCCACAGAACCGACAUGGUGUAACAAUCUCCAGUACAACCCCACAGGCCAAGAUCACAGUUCCCAAGUCAUGCGGGAUUCAGAGGUCAAGCUUAAGACACCUCCACUGGAAGGGCAGCCCAGUCUGUACUGUUACCAGCCUCCAGUGCAGCAAAUGUACUGCCCCUCACACCCAUUUCACCAGUAUUCCUCAGGAGGCAGUUAUCCUGUAACCUAUAUUACCUCAUCACACUAUCCUUACCAGAGAAUCGCUCCUCAAGGGAGUCAAGAAUCCCAGCAGCCUCUGUUUCCUAAACCCAUCUACUCCUACAGCAUCCUGAUCUUCAUGGCGCUCAAAAACAGCAAAACAGGGAGUCUCCCGGUCAGUGAGAUUUACAAUUUCAUGACGGAACACUUUCCUUACUUUAAGACAGCUCCAGAUGGUUGGAAGAACUCUGUACGCCAUAACUUAUCCUUGAACAAAUGCUUUGAGAAAGUUGAAAACAAGUCAGGUGGCUCUUCUCGGAAAGGCUGUUUGUGGGCACUGAAUCCAGCCAAAAUUGAUAAGAUGCAGGAAGAGCUUCAGAAAUGGAAGAGGAAAGAUCCAGUUGCUGUGAGGAAGAGUAUGGCAAAGCCAGAAGAACUUGACACAUUGAUAGGAGACAAGGCUGAAAAACUAAGAUCUUCAACCGUGUCCUGCAAUCCAACUGGUGUGGCAAGUUCAGCAGUUUCCAGACAGAUGUCAGUCCAGCCCCAUUCUCUGUCUGAGCCAUCCCUGUCGUCUAAUAUCCAACAGCCUUUACACACCAUUCACACAACAGGACCUCUACGUGCCAAGAACCCACUACCAAGUUUGCUUGGAGGGCACCAAACUCCAUGUUAUACAUCACCACAGGUUUUCCCUCAGAUCUCACCUACCUUAAUGCAACAAUCACCUGGUAUCCCUCAGAGCAUCUUCCCUUCUGCAGAUACUCAAAUUGAACUCAGAGCACAACCUAGCACCACCCAAGACUCACCCUUGCCAGCCCAGACCCCUCCCAUACAUGGUAUGAAGAUGUUGACAGAGCACUCCACAGCCAGGACAAUGCAGGACACACUCAUGCAAGAAGCAGACAUGAGCAAUGAUAUUGAUGCUCUUAACCCUUCCCUGAUUGACUUUGAUCUCCAAGGAAAUCUUUGGGAAGAACUGAAAGAUGACAGCCUGGCUGUGGAUCCCUUGGUUCUCAUUUCAACAUCCCCAAUAUCCUCUCAGUGCUUCCCUUCUCACUAUCAGAUGGAUAGUAACAGCAGCAAUAACCUCACCACCCAGAAUAGCAAUCCGCAUAGCAGCUUACCUGACUUACAACUCACUACGCUUUACUCUGCCUUUAUGGAAUUGGAUACAGUGUCCACAGCCUACUUGAAUAAUUCUGGAUCCAAGCCUAUAGCACUAGUGUGAACCACAAAACAACCCAGUUACAUUAUUUUUGUCCCAAAACAGUCUUAACAGUCACACUGUUUUACUUACUCUUAGCACCUUCAGGUAAAAUAAAUCAGAACUGUGUCCAUUUGAAUGAGAACUAUCUUUUUUUCCCAGAACUGGGCUGCAGGAAAUUCAAGACCGCUCUAAUACUACUGGUAGCGUAUUUUUUUAAAUGUUGAAAAAUAUAUGGUUCACUAGCUUAAAGACAAAGUGAUGUUGACCAAUACAGCCAUUAACAGCUUAAUCAAGCCAUCCAUCUUUUAUAUUUUCAUAAACCAAAUUAGCACCUGGAGAAAAGAAACAACUGUCAAAUAUUUUUAUGAAAGAUACUUACAACUUAAUGCGUAAGUCAAGGCAUACAGAAAUAAAAUCUUCUCCAAACACUUUUCUGAAGUUAGUGAUGUCCACAACUUCUGCGGCAGACCACUACAGAAAAUGUACAUAUUAAAAACAUUUUCACAACCUCCUCAAAAGAAAGUUUGGAGUUUGGCAGAAAGACACACAUAUACUGCAAACUAUGCAAAAACUAUAAGAGGAUUAGCCUCCUGACAAAUUAAAACAAAAAGCAAUAAAUACACUGUAGCAGGAAGUUUCACACAUUUUACUGGGUUUAAAAAGAAAUCAAAACCUUUUUUUAAAAAUAAAACCAACAAUUUAGUAGAAUUUUUAUGUGGCUGGAAAAUUAUUCAUAUUUAGUCCCUAUUUUUAUCCAGAUGGGCUGAGGAGGUAGAGGUAUUACACAACCUUUGAAUCAAGAUAUUGAAGAACAAACACAGAGAACCAGCCACAAUAUUUUUGUUAAGUACCUUUUUAUUGGAUACUUUCUAUUAAUAUAGGAUUUGAAAUGGUUAUUAAAAGUAUGGUGUCAAGAACUUUUCAAAUCAUUUCAAAUGAGACAGAAAUUGUAUUUUAAAAUAGCUAGACCUGAUUCUGGAAGAGGAAAAACAGAGCGGCAGAAAAUACCAGGGAACAAUUUUUGUAUGUAGAGGAAUGGUCUGGACAGAAUACCAAAUCAUAAUCCUUUGUGGAUGAUUAUGUCAGAAAAAUAAUAUCCAUAGUAAGUGAAACCACCUUUGUCUCAUGGAAUAACACACCUAUUUCAAAUUAAGUGCUAUAUAAAUUUUGCAUCUGGAUGGUCUAGUGCAGUGGUUUUCAACCUUUUUUCAUUUGCAGACCCUUAAAAAUUUUUUAUGGAGGUGCAGACCCCUUUGGAAAUCUUAGACAUAGUCUGCAGAACCCCAAAGGUCCACAGACCUCAAGUCGAAAACCCCUGACGCCAAAGCCUUCCUAAAGAGACUCUUUAUGGUCCUAUCAGGGAGUCCACAGGUUUGACUGACAUGCCUCUUACUCUACCUACUCACAGGCAAAGAGAGUAGAGUGAGAAAUACAGGAGAGCUUGCCAAGCUGCCCAACAUACAAGGCAGAAUGGGGAGUGCUAGGUAAAUGUACCAGAGCUGGCAGGAUGCCAUCUUGACCAUCCAAACAAGGAUGAUAGGAGAAAAACUGAAGGGUUCGUUACUCCUUUGUUAAUAGCUGGCAGGAAAUAGAGGUGUGAGGGGAAAGAAAAACUGUUGCAUCAAAAGGAGCUGCAGAAAGGCACAGAAUAAAUUGUGGGACAAUGUCUUGACAUAGUAUUGUGAUGUCUGCACCAUGAGGUUUCACCAGUGUGAAGGCAGGGCCACUUCAAUGCAACAACUCUAAUCUCAUCACAAUGUGAGAACUUCUCUCCAGAAUUAUAUUUCAGAGUAGCAGCCGUGUUAGUCUGUAUCCGCAAAAAGAAAAGGAGUACUUGUGGCACCUUAGAGACUAACAAAUUAAUUUGAGCAUAAGCUUUUGUGACGAAAGCUUAUGCUCAAAUUAAUUUGUUAGUCUCUAAGGUGCCACAAGUACUCCUUUUCUUUUUGCAGAAUUAUAUUGUGGCUCUCUGCCGUUCUAUUGGAUGACAGAGUAGCUUUUGUGCUAUGCAAAAUUGAGUACUACUUGUCUAAUGGAGCUUCUUUACAUCUUACUAGAAAUACAUUAUACCAAAUGGUAUUGGCUCGUAGCACAAAUUAUGAUAGAUUGUUUAUACUCAGGAAGAGCUAUGUUGCAGCACUUUUUGUGCAUUCCAUUCAACAGUUUGUGUAUUCAAUUCACUGCACUAAAACGGAAAUUAAGUUUUGGGGGAAAAGUUAUAACUUGUAUUAAAAGCUGCUGGAAUGUCACCGUAUUUGUGCUCACAGCAUCAGAGAAAAAAGAACUGGAAGUAUUUUCUGCUUAGAGAAGCACUGCCAAACAGUUUAGCUUCAAAAUUUGACCUACUUAAUUCUGGAGCUCUACAGAUUUCUAAAUUAAGUCGCCAAUUCUGCAAACACUUAAGCACAUGUGUAACUUUAUUAAUGCAAGUAGUCCUGUGACAUAAAUGGGGCUACUCACUUAAAUAAAGUUAUACACAUGCUUUGGAGUUCGCAGGAUUAAGGCCUAGAGUUUUCUGGACUUUGAUUAAUCUGUCCUGUCAUUCUCCCCUUCCAGGGUUAAAAUAGGCCAAAACGUAAUUUGGGUAAGAAAAUUACUCUGUCUUGAAGCUGCCAAAUCCGAAUCUUUAAAGGUGAUACAUUAUUCUAAAUAUCCAUUUGAAAAGCAUACAUUACUAUAUCCAUCACUUUAAAAAUUCACACCACACACAUAAUUGUGAUGCUCUUGUGCUCCUUCUGCAGGUUCUACAGUAGUACUUAGCUAACACAAUUCCUUGAGUUGUGGUAACAUCACUGAUAACAGUGACAGAAAAACAAUCAUCAUGAAACACUGAGCAGGCAUGGGGAGAUAAAUCCAUAUUUGCCUGAAUUAAAAGGUUAAAUAUUGUAGAAAGACAUUUUAUUUUCAAACUUCUAACAGAUUUAGAAACCACUGAAAAUUCAGAAACGAGAGUUAUUCACUUUCUUAGUUUACCUAAGAAAGCACCUUAUAGAGAAUAUGGUUAAUUCAGUUUUUAAAUGCCUGUUUAAUUUCCAGGGUCCUGGCAAUUCAUAGUUAGAAAUUUUGCUGAAUGUAACUGAGCAGAUACGCAUGCAACUGUUCCAUUUAUCUUUUGAGGGCAAGGGGAGAUGCAGACUCAAUUACAUUUUGAGAGCAAAGACAAUGGCUCAGUAAAGGGCAUGUUUAAAAUAAAGUUUAUUUAGCAAAUAAUGUUACUUUUCAGUAUUAAAUUUGAAGUAAUCUAUUAUACAUAUUCACAAAAUAAAAAUCAUAUAGGCCUUGACCUUACCAAAAGAUCAGCUUGCUCAGAUCCUUGUGUCUGUAUGGUGUCCCAUUUACUUCAAUGAGACAUUGCAAAGCUGUGCCAGUGCAAAACAUUGUAGGAUUAAGACCAUAAACCCUGAUCCUGCAAACCAUUUAAUAAUCAUGUGUGUAAUUUAGCUCAUAUCAGUAAGUCACACGCUCUAAUAGCGUUUCAUGAUCAAAGCCUAAGUAUCUGAGGGCCCAAACUUAUACACUUACUAGUUGGUGUAGGCUGAGAUUUUCAAAUGGGCCUAAGGGAGUCAGAUGGACAAAUCAUACUGACUUUCAAUAAGAGUUGGGUGCCUAACUUCUUUAGGCUUCUUUGAAAAUUCCAGCGGUAAUGUUCACUACUUCAUUUGAGUUCAAUGGGAUUAUGGCCAGCAAAAAGUACUACACAGGUGUUUGCUAGAUCAAGCCCUACAAAACUAACAAUCUUUCCAAUAUUUUACAUUUUACAGAGGUUUUUUUUCCAAGAUAAUAUAUAAUAAAGUAUCUAAAAGAACAAACAACAGAGGUACUAAAAGUAUAGCCCUAUCAUUCUGCAUAGGAAAGACAAAUUGUAAUAAAAAUCUAUUUAUGAUUG